AUGGCGAUUCUUCGAAUUCUAGGGUUCCUUCGCCCUCUCCAAAGAAGCCGAUGCCAACUCUCCCCCUUGUCCUUCGCUAGUCUUCUUCGAUUCCUCUCCGUUGAUCUUUGCGAAGGCUCUUCCGAUCCUAUUGAAUCGAACACUAGCCUUUCCGAGGGAUUCGUCCUCGAACAGCUAUCGGAGCUCCUCUCUAUCGAUCCUGAACCUCCGAAAGCCCGCCUUUUGACUGAGAAACCAGCUCAAGAAUCGGCUUUGAUUAGCCUUCGAGAUCGAAUCCUCACGCCUGAUGAGAAGCUCCGCGGGGUCUUUCUUCAGAAGCUGCGGGGAAGAUCCGCCGUGGAGUCCGCGCUCUCCACCGUCGGCGUCGACCUGACGGAGAAGAUCUUCGCCGAUGUACUGAACAGGGGAAGUUGGAGCGGAGAGGCGAUGGUCUCCUUCUUCGAUUGGGCAAUGCAACAGCCAAAGGUGACACCUUGCGUUGAAACGUAUAACGUGAUGUUGAAGGCGCUUGGCCGGAGGAAGUUCUUCGAUUUUGUGGGAGAAAUCUUGCUUAGAAUGAAGAAUGCUGAUGUCCAACCCAACGCAGAGACCGUGGAGAUUCUGAUGGACAGUUAUCUUAGGGCUCGCCAAGUUUCUAAAGCAGUUCAGUUGUUCAGGGAGUUGGAGGAGAUUGGAGCCAAGUGUAAUUUGGAGUCUCUCAAUAUACUUUUGCGGUGCCUGUGUCGAAGGUCUCAUGUCAAGGUUGCAAAUUCUGUAUUCAACACUACUAAAGGAGAAAUUCCUUUUGAUAAUGCAACAUAUAAUGAGAUUAUUGGUGGGUGGGCGAAGUUCGGUAGGCUUGACAAGGUAGAGCAUUAUUGGAUGAUGAUGAUGAUGACCGAUGGUUUGAGCCCUGAUAGUGUUACGUUUAGCCACAUCAUAGAAGCAUUAGGACGAGCUGGCCGGAUCGAUGAUGCUGUGGAUGUUUUCGAGAAGUUGGAGGAGAGGGGAAGUGCUCGAGAUACUAUGACAUACAAUGCGAUGAUCUCUAACUUCAUAUCAAUUGGAGACUUUGACAGAUGCAUUGAGUACUAUAAAGGUAUGACACAAAGCGAGUGUUUGCCAAACGUCGAUACUUAUACCAAAUUGAUUGGUGCAUUGCUCAAAGGUAGAAGAGUGGCUGAUGCACUUGAACUGUUCGAUGAUAUGUUAGGUAAAGGAAUUUUGCCCAGUACUGGGAUGAUUACAUGUUUUAUUGAGCCUCUUUGUAGCUUUGGGCCUCCCCAUGCUGCUAUGCUUCUUUAUAAAAAGAGUAGGAAAGCAGGAUGUAUGCUGUCUUUGAAAGCUUACAAGCUUUUGCUUAUGAGGCUUUCGAGGUUUGGUAAAUCUGGAAUGGUGCUGAAAAUCUGGGAGGAGAUGCAAGACAAUGGUUAUGCUUCUGAUAAGGAAGUUUAUGAGUAUAUAGUCAAUGUACUCUGCAAUAUAGGGCAGGUUGACAAUGCUGUUCUGGUUGUGGAGGAAUCACUGCACAAAGGUUUUUGCCUUGGUAGAAUAGUUUAUAGUAAACUAAACAACAAACUAUUGGAGAUGAAUAAAAUAGAGACUGCAUACAGACUCUUUUUGAAAGUAAAAAAUGCACGUCUCAAUGCUAAUUCACAGAGCUAUUGGCGUGCAAAUGGUUGGCACUUUUGACCAUGGGUCCUAUAAAUUUUGACCACAAGUGCUUGUUCAGUUCUUAGCAAUGCUAAGUUGUUAUUCACCCAUUUGACAAAAUUCAACCGUGAUGAGAGGAAUUGUAGUGAUUGUAACUUCACUGUAUAUAUGUUCGCUGAGGUACCUUCAUCCUUA